GGCUUGCUAGUGGAGCAGGUUGUGCGACCGAAAAGGCAACAUGCAGAAAGGGCAUUGAUCCAAGUUCAAUCGGUGCUGGAUUGUGAACACGUGAAGACUGCCUGGGCCGACCGGGAAAAGCAAGGAAACAUACGGGGUCUGGAAGUUUGUGAUGCGCGAAGAGUCGAAACCAACAACAGCAAGCAGCAAGGCCGUUUCGAUGUCUAUCAUUUCAUUUCAGUAACAGAUAUCAUGAACGGUUGAGUGUGCGCUCCUUUUCGGCUGAACUAAUGUGAGGGGCUGCUGGCUACCCGAAUGCCACCAGUCAGUGUGUAGUAUAUAGUGGAAUAUCGAGCAUAAAUUUUAGUGCCUGCUGAAUCUAUACCAUGCCAAUAACCGUUCUACUGCAGCAAUCCUCUGGCAAAGAUAUCCAGCGACAGUAAAUCUUACAUCGUCAGUUCUCGUCGGUCGUAGUGCUCAAGCGACACUCACAUAUACUGCCCCUGCUGUGUCUGUGUUCCGCGCGGGGACAAUCGUUCCCCACAUAGUUAGUCGUUAGUUCGUUCUCAUAAAACGAGAAAAUGUCUACCAGUCGUUACUUAAACUGGUCGCGACCGUCGCCCGGUAGACAUCCGCUCCGGAAGCAGAUGUCCUGCUUCGAAUCGUUCUCCAGUGGCAGUGGAAGAAGUCUAUCGGUAAAUAAUCUUGCCCCGGUGUCUGGGGACAAAAGUGUCGAUUUUGCCACUUUUGUAACGGCUGCCAUUAUUCACACGAAUCGUUUUCAAAAUUAUCCUACUUACCAUCAGGCUCGUCGCGGCGACGGAAGUGGCACACCGACCUUCUCCAGUGGGUCACCGACGGUUACGGUUGCUCGUCGACCGGCCAGUGCUCACACUACACCAGCACCUUCGUCUUCGUCUUCGUUAUCGUCGGGAUCUUCGUCGUCAUCUGGGAUGGCGCGAAAAAUGAACGAGAACCGUAAAGUGUUUUCCAAACAGCUCUCGUUGGACAAUUCGAUGCUGAUCGGGGCAGGACCGGCAGCUGGUCACGCUUGGACUACCUCUUCCAGUCGGGCUCCGUCGAUAGAUGUUACGGGACCAGUUGCGAGGGAUCAUGAACAGAGUGUCUCGCACCAGAAUCCGAAAAGUGGAACCAUUUCCGGCGUCAAGAAGCGACCACCUGGAAUAAGUGUGAAAAAUGACACUGAGCAAAGCGAGCGCACCAAAAAGACACUAAAGCAGGACAAGGAUUCCCGUAUCAACAUCAAGAUCUUCCUUGGACAAACCGUUCAGCAGGAUUCAUCCGACAAUGGCAUCAGCGAUACGGAGUGUUCCACGAUUCAGCCUAAUGCUCCAAGCAAUAACGACCAGCAACAACAACAACCACUACCACAACAACAACAACAAAAGCACCAAACUGGCAAUCAGAAAACGGAAGCGGAGAAUUCGCACCCGGAAGGAGAGAACAAGCCCAAGUCUACACCCUCACCGGCGUCAUCCAGCAACGGUCGGGGUUCAUCACUUGCUCAACGUCGAGCCCAGUUUCAGGCUAGCCGUCAGAACCAAUCGGAAGCCACCGAACGACGGCCGCCAUUGGUGCGGGCUAUGUCAGCACCGAACCGGCCAAUAGAAGAUAACUCAAAGUUCCUACAGAAUAAGAAGAAAACUCGCAAGAAGAAAGUUUUGCGCGAACGAGACGAAAUCAACGAGUGCGAUGAGGAUGAUUUUGAAGAGGCAGACUCGGUCAACCUUACCAGCGCGAACAAUAAGAAUCCAGUGCUUGGUCCACGCUCUCGCUCCGUAAUAGGAGGGACGGCGUGUGAUAUUGAAACCUUAGUGUCACUGCUCAGUUCCGGAGGUAGUGAUUCGGAGAAGGAAGAUUCGACAACGGGUACAGAUUUCAGCGGCGUUUCGACGAACUCCAACAUCAUCGGAUCUUCGCUUAAAUCCCGUGCACCGAUGCUCAAAAAGGCUGGAAAGUCGGUUUCAUUUCAGGAAACCGAACUGAAACAAUCCGCCGGACUUAAUCGAGACUAUUAUACGGCCGCUCAUCGUAAGCCACCAUCACUGCAACCGAUUGCCAAUAGAAUUCGGAGAAGUCAACAAUUGGCAAACUCUUUGAAUGCAUUUCAUUUGAAGGAUAUCAAGAAAAGCUCCAGUGAUGACAGCAAAUCGGACGAAGACAAGGGACAUCCUAACGGCAACUAUGAAGACAAGGAAAUGAGCUCUAAUUUGGCGUCACCAGUACAGAAACCACCAACUGCAGUGGUCGCUUCCGGUCAGGAAUUGGGCGAUGGUCAAACACCGAAGGAACGCGAAUGCUAUCGGCUCUUUCAGAAAAUGUCCAACAUGGGUCUGUCGGUAUCGUACGAUACGAUACUGCGUGGAAUGUUAACUCCAACCGAACUACGGGUUCUGCAGAAACAGCGUUCCAAGUUGCAAAAACAACAGGAAUCACGACAGAGCAGUAGCGAGACCGAGAAUAAUGACGGUAGUAGCGAGGCCAGUAAAAGUCAUGAGUCGACUAACAUGAGUAGUUCACAGUGCGACAGAAUGGAAUUAGAAGUGACCAGUGAACAGGUUGUUACCGAACUCCAACAAGUAACGGGGCAGUAGAUGAGAGUGCCGAAUCAAACCAUGAUAGAAGCUUUAUUUAGGUAGUCGUUUAGGUUUUGAUCCAGCACCAUACUAGAUUUGGUUUGGCCAACAAACUGUGAUAGACGGUAAUAAUAGUGGUAUACCAAAGGGCAAAGCUUUAUUUUGUGCUGAAAGCAAAUUAUAAUUGUUAAAAUGCACCUAUUACUCAAUUGCACACGAAAGAGAAAGAGUUUACGGAUGUUGGCAUAGAAUAGAUAAACAUUAGCUCAGAUCGAGAUAUCAAGUAUCAAUUAUUUAACGUACACAUACAUACACCGUUGAAUUUCGUUGUUUUUUGCAUGAAACACAUAGAACUUGUUUGCUAAAAACACAACAGAAAAUAAAUUGCAAUUGGAUGAACGAUUGUUUAAAAA